UUUCCUGUAUUACAACACAGGCGCUUCGCCUAUUGCCUUUAUUGUCGCCCUUCCAUUCCUCAUUCGGUCAAGUUCAACCAGUCCACUCAGUUCAACCUCUUUCCAAGACACCACCCCUCCGCCGUGGCCGGUUUAUAAUUCUCAGAACCUCUUUCAGCUUUUCUGCAACGGCUCGACAUCCGCGAUGGCAACCACAGCUCACGCACCGAGUGGCUACUCAUCCAUCUUCGCUUCAGGGCUCCUCGCUACCCCCCGACCUCAUCGUCACACCGAUUCCGGGUCGUCACCCAUGGCGGAGGACCUCGAGUCGACUCCAACAGGUCUGAAGUCUCAUAUCUCGGAAUAUCCACCAAGCCCGACCCCUUCAUACAUCACCGAAAUGGAAUCUGAACAUUCGCGUUCGCGAGCCUCAAGUACGGCCAGUGUGUCUUCGUUCACGGCCCCACCCCCUAGGCUGAGGAGACGCAGAAGCAGCCUCACGGUCGGCACGAGCGUCAUGGGGAACAUCAAGUCGCCUCUGCGGAGCGCUGGUAACGCGCUCCAACGCACGGUGCUCAUGAGCCCCACCGGUGGCUCGCGCUCCCGCAGUGGGAGUUUGAGCGUCGACGUCGACAACAUGCCACAGCCUAUGUCCGCAUCCCUCAACGGGCGGAUGAGAAGUGGCAGUGUUGGAGACGCGCUGCGAUCUCGUCGCGCGAUUCGCAAACCUGCUGCUGCGCCCCCGUCUAUGCCACUGCCACCUCCGCCCAUGCCCUUGUUUGUUCCGGCUUCUGCCCCUCCGACUGACCAAUCCUUCCGCCGUCCUCUGCAUCGCAGCCAUACCGCGGACAAUAACUGUCAACAUUUCGGCGCUUACCUGACUUCGGAUUUUGCGAACAAGUUGAUCGUGGCCAUGAAAACACCACCGGGGAGUGCCGGGACCAGUCCUGUUGAUGGCGGGUUCUGGGUUAAUGCAAGCGUCAAGGAGAAUUAGGAGAAUGGAGGUGGCUGAGGCUACAUCUUGGCGCACGCGCUACUGGUAGUGCCGCGUAUAAAUCGACUGACGUUUUUUCUCUGUUUUUACUUAUCUAUCAAGAUCGCCCGCGACGCUUAUGCUUCACGCUCUAAUUCAUGAGGGUCAAUCUGGCUCCUACGGACUUCGACCCCAGAUUUCUUGCUCACGUCCUCGCAAUUUUUUCGCUUUAUGUUGUCUCAUUUAUUCCCCCAUCGUACAAUAAAGUAUAUCUGCUUGGACCUCGCACGUCUUCCUCCUCACCUGCUCGUCUUACAUACCUUACUGUAACGUCUAGAGUAGGCGCUCGGCUCGUCCUCUCCCCUAAUCGCGUCGUUCAUCUGACUCUUGCUAACGGUACCUGAUACCUCUCCUUAUUCUUACUCCCACUGCCACAUGCUUGUCGGUUUUAAUAGCUUACUCGAGCUAGACUUGUAGCCGCAGAGAUAUAUACAGUCCUUUGUUGACCUCGUUCACAGUAAUAUAUUCCCUUUUCAGUG